AUGAAUGAAAUCAACUAAUAGUUUUGUAAAGAAAAAUUAUAUUAGGUGCAGAAAGAACAAGGAGAAUAAAAAAUAUACAUCAGCAUCAUCAUCAGCACCAUCCAUAUCAUCGUCACCGUCACCAUCAACAUCAUCAACAUAAACAUAAGAGAUUGAAUAGUUCAUUAUUUUUUUAAUAAUAGAAUCAUUGUAAAUAACAAUUGGAACUAUACUCAUUUCUCAAAUACCCCUAGCAACAACAACAAAAAACAGAAAAAAAAUAGAAAAAAGCAAAACAAAAUAAACAAUUUUUUUUAUUUUUAAGAAAAUAACAAAACUGUAAAAUAAUUUGAUUAUUUUUUUAUGAUUUAAUUAAUAAUAAUAAAGAAAAGAAUAUUGGAAAUAAACAAGAUCAUCAAUCAACUAGAGUAAAAUACGUUGGUUACUAAUUAAAAUAGUAAAAUAAAAAAAGAGAACUAUUUUCUUCUUCAAAGCAAGAAAAACAAAGGAUUCAAGCAGAAUGGGACAUAUGUCAACAUUUAGUUGGUUUGUAUCUAUAUUUUUCUCAGUGGUAAUCAUACAAAUUGGUGUAACACAGCAAAUAGACAACAAUGAUCCAUACAGAUGUCAACGUAUUUGUACUCCAGAUAAAUGUCGAUGUAUUGGUAGAAAAGGAAUAGAAGGACCAUUUGGUCCUGUUGGAGCUCCAGGAACAAUUGGCUUAAUUGGUGAACGUGGACCACCAGGUAAUCCAGGAACAAAAGGUGAGAAAGGUGAGGCUGGUCAAUUAGGAAGACAAGGAUUUAAAGGUGAACGUGGUACACAAGGACCUCCUGGAUAUCCUGGUCAGCAUGGAUUUGAUGGUUAUCCUGGUUUCAUGGGGACCAAAGGAGACAAAGGUGAUCCUGGUUGUUAUGGUGACCCGGGAGAGAAUGGAAUGCCUGGCGAUUCUGGAAGACCUGGAGUAAAAGGUUUGCCUGGAUUUCCUGGUAAUAAAGGCACUAAGGGAACACCAGGUUGGGCUGAAAGAGGCACGAUUGGAUUCCCGGGGCCACGUGGAGAUAUUGGUCCGAUUGGAGAAUAUGGUUUUCCUGGUCAACCUGGUCCAAUGGGUGAUGCAGGCAAUCGUGGCUUAACGGGUUUAAAAGGAUUUAAAGGGGCACGUGGUUCUCCUGGUAUAAAAGGUCGUCCAGCAGCACCUAUUACCAUCGAAGGUCAAAAGGGUGAUAAAGGUCAACGUGGUCCACGUGGCAGUGAUGGUUAUCCUUGUACACUGGAUAUACAUGCACAAAUUGGACCACAAGGUCCUCAAGGCCCAGUUGGUUUUAAAGGAGACAAAGGAGAUCGCGGAUCAAUUGGAAACUUUGGUGAACCAGGUUUUGAUGGACCUCCUGGAAUCCCUGGUGAGAAAGGUCUUCCUGGCCGUCAUGGUGACAGAGGUCAACCAGGUGAUGCAGGCUUCCCAGGAUCACAAGGAGAGACUGGAAAACGAGGUCUAGAUGGUGAACCUGGUCGAAUAGGCGAACUUGGUCCUAAAGGUGACACAGGACCACCUGGUAUUGAUGGAGAACGUGGUCCACGAGGUCAAAAGGGUAAACCUGGAGGUUAUGUACAUUGUGCAGGACCAAAAGGAAUGAAAGGUUUACCAGGUUUUCCUGGAUUGAAAGGACUUUCUGGUGACGUUGGUCGAGAAGGUUUACCUGGUACUGAUGGUGAUAAAGGCGACACUGGUAUGAAAGGAGAUCGUGGUAUCCCUGGUCGAGGAUGCGUUGAUGGUCAACCAGGUCUACCAGGUCCGAAAGGAAAUAUGGGAAGUCCCGGUAUUCGUGGUCCACCAGGAAUUGCUGGUCUACCUGGAAUUACUGGAUUGCGUGGACAACCUGGUGAUGUAACUGAAGCAGCUCUUCCAGGACCAAGUGGAAAUCCUGGAGCCCCAGGUUCAUUUGGCAUGAAAGGUUUGCCUGGUGAUUCUGGAGAUCCAGGAGAAAAAGGUUUUCCAGGAGCUGGGGAACGAGGGCCGGCUGGACCGCGUGGGCCUCCUGGAGAUCCUGGUCUAGUUGGUAGACCUGGAAGAGAAGGACGUCCUGGUAUCAGAGGUCCAAAAGGUGUAAGUGUGGCAAAGUGUUUGUUCUGUGAAGAUGGUCAAAUGGGUCGUCCAGGAGACAUUGGAGAAAUAGGUGAUAGUGGUUUACCAGGUCGACCAGGUGCAAAUGGUCCAGAUGGUGAACUUGGAGAUAUCGGUGAUCCAGGUCGUCCAGGUUUACCUGGUCCACCAGGGAGAAAGGGUAUGGUAGGAUUCCCAGGUCAAAUUGGCUUUAAAGGCGACCCUGGUGAACCUGGAAUUCUAAGAAUUACAAAUCAACAAGUACUACCAGGCGAUCCAGGCAAUAGUGGUUAUCCAGGUGCUAAAGGAGAACCAGGUGACUUAGGUAAUCCAGGUUCAUUUGGUGCUCGUGGAGAAAUCGGACCUAAAGGACGAAUGGGUCUUCCAGGCACUCCCGGUAUACCAGGACCUGAAGGUGAUCCUGGUGAUAGAGGACUUCCAGGUGAUCCUGGAUUAGAUGGUAGGUCGUUUGUCGGUGAAACUGGAGAUCCAGGAGAACCUGGAUAUUCUGGACUGCCCGGUUCUAAAGGUAUGCCAGGAGCGAAAGGUUAUUGCGACCUAAUUCAACCCCAGUUAACUAAAGGCGUCUCAGGUGAUCGCGGUUUCCCCGGUGAUCCCGGGCUCCCUGGUGAACAAGGCUCUCAAGGAAGAAGUGGGAUGAAAGGCAUUACUGGGCUACCUGGAGCUCGAGGGAUUCCUGGAGAUGAUGGUCGUCCUGGAGUGUUUGGUUUUAAAGGUGAACGAGGUUUCCCUGGACCGAUUGGGAGACCUGGUUUUCCAGGUCUGGUCGGGACUCCUGGUUUAGGUGGUUUUAGAGGUGAACCUGGAUUCCAAGGACCUCCGGGUCCCAAGGGUCAGAAAGGUAUAAUUGGAGAACAAGGGGAUUCUGGCAGAAUCUCUUAUGCAAGCAAAGGUAUAAAAGGUCUUCAAGGUGUCCCUGGAUCUAUCGGUCUACCUGGUAUUGAUGGUAGGCCUGGUUUUAAAGGUUUCCCUGGUAGACCAGGGUUAAGAGGUGUGGAUGGUUUGUAUGGUCCAAAAGGAUAUCCAGGUCCGAAAGGCUUACAAGGUCCCAAAGGUUUACCAAGUGUCGGUAGAGAAUUAGGUGCAAUCGGUGUUAAAGGCAGACCUGGUAUACCGGGAUCAUUCGGACCAAAAGGAACACGUGGAAUGCCAGGUGUUUGUGAUAUCAAAGGUAUAUUUGGAAAUCCGGGUCCAAUGGGUCCAAUGGGCCGUCGAGGUCAACCUGGAAUCCCAGGUGUUUCUGGUGAACCAGGAGAUAUAGGUUAUGAAGGACCACUAGGAAGACGUGGACAAAAAGGUGACCGAGGUCUUAGUGGUUUGCCUGGAAGAAUUGGAACCCGUGGACCAAAAGGACGAAGUGGAUGGGCAGCUUCGGUUGGACCAAAGGGAAAUCCUGGAAGAAUUGGUCAGCCUGGAAAUCCUGGUUCACAGGGCAGACCAGGUCCUAUGGGGAGACAAGGUUUGAAAGGUUCACCUGGAAUAUCUGGAAGAUUAGUUGCUGGUGCUAUGGGUGAACAAGGACCUAUGGGGAUCCAAGGUAUUCGCGGGGAAAAAGGCAUUAGUGGGAUUCAUGGCAAAACCGGGAAACCUGGUAUUCCUGGAAUACAAAUAAAGGGAUUUCCAGGUAGACAAGGUCUGCCUGGACCAUCUGGUCCCCCAGGUGAUUCAGGAAGGCCAGGAUUUGCAGGCGUACGUGGAGCUAAGGGUGAUCAAGGUUUUUCUGGACGUAUGGGACUCAAAGGUGAUAUUGGUCCUCCUGGAUUCCCUGGAAGAGAUGGCAUUCCUGGAGGUUCAGGAAGCAAAGGACGAAGUGGCUCCCCAGGUUUUCGAGGAGAUGAUGGAGAAAAAGGUGAGAGCGGUUUGAUCGGUGAUCCUGGACCAACUGCACAAAUGCUGGAUGGUCGACAAGGAAGAAAAGGUCUUACUGGAAUCCCUGGAUCGUAUGGUUUGCCGGGUUUAAUCGGUGAUAAAGGCUUUUCUGGAGCACCAGGUUUGCCUGGAGAUGAAGGACUGCCUGGACCACGUGGGAUUCCUGGAAAUCCUGGUUUCAAGGGACUGCCAGGAGAUCCUGGUUUACCAAGUCGGUUUGGACAACCAGGGGAAGUGGGUGAUCGUGGUGAGUUUGGCCGCCCUGGUUUCCAAGGUCCAUUUGGUCAAAAAGGUAGUUUUGGAGAAAAAGGAGAUCAAGGUUUAACACCAUCCUGUCCUAUUGGACAACCAGGUAGACGAGGACAACCAGGUGGAGCUGGCCUACCAGGACCAGAUGGCGAAAAAGGCAACAGAGGUCUACCUGGGCAACGAGGUCCGAAAGGUGUGCGUGGUCUGACGCCAGAACCACUUCCUGGAUCAAAGGGUGAUAUGGGUCCAGUAGGCCUUGAUGGAUUACAAGGUUCAUUCGGUGAUCCUGGGUUUCCCGGACCUAGUGGAGUGAAAGGGCAGCCGGGACCAGUUGGGGACCCGGGAUUUCGCGGUACACAAGGGGACCCCGGUAGUCGUGGUUUUCCCGGAACUCCUGGUCAGGAUGGAGCACCUGGAAGAGAUGGUUUUCGCGGGAACCCUGGGCGCCCUGGCAACGAUGGGCCUCCAGGAAUGAAGGGGCUUCGUGGUUUGCCUGGCAAUCCUGGUUUCCCAGGAAUAAAAGGUGCUAUGGGGUCUCAGGGUCCUCCUGGUACUCCUGGCCAAAUGGGUGUCAAGGGUUUCCCAGGCCGGUCAGAUCGUGCACAAAAAGGUGUUCGUGGUGAUCCAGGCUCACCUGGAGCAACAGGUGAACCUGGUAUUCCAGGAUUGCCAGGACAACGUGGCAAACAAGGUGAUCCAGGAGAAAAAGGCAUUAAAGGAUUGCCUAACCCAAUUCCUGGUCCUAGAGGUCCUAUAGGCGAUCAAGGUCCACGUGGUGAUCCUGGUUACAGAGGAAUGAAAGGUUUUAUUGGUGAAAAAGGUCAACGUGGACCAGCUGGAAGAAAUGGAACAAUCGGGCUAGAUGAUAGUGGAUUUCUUUUCACUGUACAUUCUCAGGAUUCCCAACCGCCUAGUUGUCCAAUUUAUACAACACCAGUUUAUACUGGCUACAGUCUUGUUACACUUCAAGGUGAUGAUGAUUCAACAACAAUGGAUUUAGGAACACCUGGUUCAUGUCUUAGAAAAUUCAGCAUAAUGCCAUUUGCAAAUUGUUUUGCUAAAGUAAACGGUCAUUGUCAAGUGAAUAUGAGAAAUGGACGUUCAUAUUGGUUAUCAACAUUAGAACAAUAUAUGCUUUCUCCAGCCCGUGUUGAAAAUAUUAAACCAUAUAUUUCUAGAUGUAUUGUUUGCCAGUCUAGAACUUGGUUAGUAGCAUUUCAUUCUCAACGUGAUGAUAUUGGUCAAAUGUGUCCACCUGGUUGGGAAAAUGCAUGGAAUGGUUUCAGUUUUCCAAUGGCAAUUGGAUCAUCAUCAAAUGGUGGUGUACAACCAUUAGAAUCACCUGGUAGUUGUUUACAACAUUUUCGUGCUUUACCAUUUAUUGAAUGUAAUAAUCAUGAUGGAAAUUGUUUUCAUUGGCAAGAUGGACGAUCUUAUUGGAUGUCUAGUAUUAGACAAAAUGAACAAUUUAUUAAACCAAUUGGUACUACAUAUAAAACAGAGACAGGUAUCUUACAACAUGUUAGUCGUUGUAGUGUAUGUCGACGUGCAAUGGAGUCAUUAUUACGUUAAAAAAAUUUAAAUGAUUAGUAUAAAUAUAAUGGAUUCUUAUCAUUAUUAUUGUUACUAUUAUUAUUAUUAUUAUUGUUAUUAUUAUUAUUAUCAUUAUUAUUAUUAUUAUUAUCAUUAUUAUUAUGAUUCAAUGUUCCUUUCAGAUUUUGUCUUUAAGAAUAAACCACAAAACAAAUGAAUUACUCUCCUUCUUUUUUUUCAUUUCUUUAAUGAGAAACAUAAAUCCACAUAAACCGACACACAUUCACACACACACACACACCAAGAGGUUGUCAACUUGUAUUAUUUACCUUUUUUUCUAAAAAAAAAUGUAUACGGUAAAAUUUCACUAGAAAUAUUACAUUACCAUAUAGGUUAUUGUUGUAUGAUGAAGAAAUAUAUAUUGAAUAAAUCUUAUGGAUACAUUAGAUAUUUAACUAAAGUUCUAAUGUAUUAGUAUAAUAAUUGUUAUUAUUAUUAUUAUAGUUAAUUAUUAACGUUACGAUCAUUAUUAUUAUUAUUAUUAUUAUUAAUACUAUUACUAUUUUAGACAAUUAUUAUUUUUCAAAUUUUUGAUCAAUACCAAAUCGAUAAAUCUCUCUCUCUUUCUUU